GGGGGAAGCGCGGCGGCGGCGGCGGCGCUUUCCGCUUCCGCCCCGUGCCCUUGCCCGUCUGUGUCCCGGCGGGAUGUGGGCGGCGGCGGCGCGGGGCCUGGCUCGGGCCGCGCUGCGAGCUGGCGCGGCACCGGCGGCGGCGCGAGCCCGGCUGGCGGGGAGCUCCGCCGCGGACACUCGCCCUACUGUCAGACCAAAAAAUGAAGUAGAACAGAAGCAGCUGUGUGCUUUUGGGGAGUACGUGGCUGAGAUUUUGCCUAAGUAUAUCCAGCAAGUACAGGUGACCUGUUACAAUGAGCUGGAACUUCUGAUCCAUCCAGAUGGGAUCAUUCCCGUCCUGACCUUCCUUCGUGACCACACCAACGCUCAGUUCAAAUCCCUGGCUGACCUGACUGCUGUUGAUGUCCCGUCUCGGCAGUACCGCUUUGAGAUUGUGUACAACCUCUUGUCCCUGCGGUUCAACAGCCGGAUCCGUGUGAAGACGUACACCGAUGAGCUGACACCUGUUGACUCAGCAGUGCCUGUACACAAGGCAGCAAACUGGUAUGAAAGAGAGGUUUGGGACAUGUAUGGUGUUUUCUUUGCCAACCACCCUGAUCUAAGGCGAAUCCUCACAGAUUAUGGGUUUGAGGGCCAUCCAUUCCGGAAGGACUUCCCACUCUCUGGUUAUGUGGAGGUGCGGUAUGAUGAUGAAGUCAAAAGGGUGGUGGCAGAGCCUGUGGAGCUAGCUCAGGAAUUUCGUAAGUUUGAUCUGAACAGCCCGUGGGAGGCAUUUCCUGCCUAUCGUCCAGCUCCAGAACCCCUGAAAAUAGAAGCAGGAGCCAAGAAGGAAGAUACCAAAUAGCAGCGGAAGGAAGUUGAUGUGCAUCCUUUCUGUUCUAAUAUAGUAUUUAUAAUAAUAAAAAUUGAUAUGAGAUACU